AUGUAUCUUUCAGUUGUGGGCCUACUUGCUCUCUUAGGCAUCGCAAAUGCCCAUGGCGGCCAUGACCAAACUCCUCUGGCUGGUCCGCACCAGAGGUUGUGGUACAACACACUCCCUGGAGAUGGUGGCACACAGGCCGACUCUGUCUUCUCUGGUAUCUCUACUUUCGGUCGUUUGCCGUACUUUCCUUGUCUUUCCAGCGAAGCCGAGAGGUAUGAUAUUGCAUUCAUAGGUGCUCCUUUCGACACUGGUACCUCAUACAGACCCGGAGCUAGGUUCGGACCUAGUGGCAUCCGGCAAGGAUCUCGCCGUCUUAAUCUCUAUGGCGGAUAUAAUGUUCCUCUGCAAGCGAACCCUUUUGUUAGCGACAUGAGAAUCCUGGAUUGCGGAGACAUCCCUGUUACGUCUUAUGAUAACGCCUGGGCUAUCCAACAAAUUGAAGAGGGCCACAAUAGUGUCCUAAUGCGCAAACCUUUCACCGAUGCUGAGAAGUAUGGGCUCUCCAAGGCUGGAAAGACCCUUCCACGCAUCAUUACCUUAGGAGGAGACCACACUAUUACCCUGCCCUUGCUGCGCAGUAUAAACAGGGCCUAUGGACCUGUCACUGUUAUACACUUUGACAGUCAUCUGGAUUCUUGGAAGCCAAAGGUUUUCGGCGGCUCACCUAGUCAGGUUGCCGCCAUUAAUCACGGCACCUACUUCUACCACGCUGCGAUGGAAGGCCUGUUGAAGAACGAUACCAACAUUCACGCCGGUAUUCGUACUACCCUUUCUGGUCCGUCUGAUUACGAUAAUGACGGAUACUGCGGAUUCGAAAUCGUUGAGGCAAGAGAGAUUGAUACUAUCGGAACGGAUGGCAUCAUCAAGAAGAUAAGGGAGAGGGUGGGUACUGAGAACCCUGUCUACCUCUCCAUUGACAUCGAUACUCUUGAUCCUGCCUACGCACCGGCAACCGGAACGCCCGAAACGGGCGGCUGGUCGACGCGUGAGCUCCGCACUAUUAUUCGGGGAUUGGAUGGAUUGAACUUCAUCGGUGCAGACAUUGUUGAGGUUGCUCCUGCUUAUGAUACGAAUGCUGAGCUUUCUACUAUGGCUGCCGCUGACGUCCUCUAUGAGGUUCUUACCAUCAUGGUGAAGAAGGGUCCAUUGUCCGUUGGCCGUUCCGAUGAGCUGUAG